CGAGUUCUCGCACAGCCCUAUGAUGUUGUGAAUCCAGAAAACUGUCGAGCCAUGGCCGAUUGGGCGGGAGGCCCCGUUCCGCGCAACGCCAGGGCUUCGUUACUGACACCCGGCUUCAACGUGUCCUGUAAUGAACAACUAGAUGCAAGUCCAUCACGUUGAUAGCGCCGAGGCGCGUGGGCUUGGUCUUCGUCCCCCAGCGCAGACCUUUUUAUGCACCACAGCAACGUCCCUAGUUGCUAAGUGAUAUCACCUUUAAUAGAGCUCUAUGGAGCAAAGUCUGAAUGCCGUGAGCUGCAAGCGGAGUUAGCCAGGUUGUGACAACAUGGCUUUUGCGCAAGAGGAUGGCGCAGGCGACGAGGAGCCGCGAUGGACGCUCCUUCGCGCUGGUCCCGAUGACUCGUUGGAGAUGCUGAGGAGCAAGCAUCGCCGGCUCCUUGCAAUCCACAAGGCUUACAAGCAGCGCAUGGCACAGCCUACAUCGCUGCUGCCACGCGUGCCAGCGGCGAUGCUGGCCGGGGCCCCCGUGCCGCUGGCGCUCCCGCUGGACAGCGUUGGGGGCUCCAAGGCUCCGGCCAGCAACGCGGAGCCCAGCCCUGGCCCGCUCUCCGCCGGAGACAUGGCGCAGUUGCAUGGAGAUGGCGUGGGCGGCGCUAUGACCGGGCGUGGCAACCUUGUGUACGCCUUCGGCUCGCCAGGGCCUGACGUUUCCGUGCACCUGGUAGUCAGGGGUGGAGGUUCUGCGUCCGGGGCAGCAGCAUGCGAGGCAGGCGCCGGCGAUGACGCAGCCGGCUGCGCUGUCUUGCUGCCUCCCUCUGCCGCCGGCUACAACAACGGGGCAGCCGGUGGCGCCCAGCAGCAGGGCACCGCCAGCCAGUCCGUGGACCCCUCGUGGCUCGUGCGUCACGGCAACUGCCAGCUGCCUGGGCGCGUGGAGCCGGCCCCAAAGAUAUUUUUCAGGCGCCAGGCGGGAGUGUCGGAGGCAGCCCACGACCAGCCAGCAAUUGAGGUCGGGGCACAGGCUCAGGACUCUGGAGCGUGGGGGUCACCGCCGCCGGUGCAAGGCGGGCCCGCGGCGGCUGGCCUGCCAGGCUCAGAAGGUGAUGAGUGCGCCGCUGUCGCACAGGCGCCGGAGACAGGCGCAGCUAUGCAAGCGGCUCAACAGCACGGAGGCCCUGGCGACACGCCUGGACAGCAUCAGCCGCACGUAAUCAUCCCGGCAUUAGCGCACUCGCAGUCGCACACAGCACCUCCGCAGCCGCUACCGCCGCCUGGCCCCAUCACGGACGCCAUCGCCGAGGCUGCCACAGCAGAUGCCAUUGAGGCAGACGAUCCUGCGCCGCAGGCUGCUGGGGAUUACGCAGGGCAGGACCACGCCGAUGACGAGGAUGAAGACGAUGUUGUAUUCAUCGGCUGCACGCCCGGCGCGACGCCGCUGGUGAGCCAGGAAGCAGCUGCCUGGCUGCGCGGUGCGGGCAGGCCACGCAGCUCGCAGCGUACACCAGCGCCCGGCGGAGGAGCAGCGGGGCCCAGCGGCCGCACCAGCGACAGCGCGUCAAAGCAGCAGCGCAGCAUCCUAAAUUUCGUCCGCCCCACUGGGGCGCAAGGACGCGCUGGCAACAAGGCCACCGGGGCAAGGGGCCGCGGCGGCAGCCGUGGCGGAGGGCGUAGCGGCCUGGCAGGGCUUGGAUCCUGGGGCGGCAGCCAGCCGGCGCCGAGCGCGCGACUGCAUUCACCCGUACGUGUCGCCGGCGUGCGGACUGGCGGCGUGUGGGAGCAGGAGGGCCUCAGCCAGCCGUCCUUGGUCGCAUUCGCGCACCAGCCGCCGCCGCGGCCUGACACCCUUGCACCGGUGCCGCGCCCGCCUACUGUCGGAGGCAGCCUGUUUGGAAGCCAGGCGGGCCGGGCGGCCAGCGUAUCCCUGGGCGCGGAUGCUGCGUCGCACGGGCGGCAACAUGUGUCCGGCGGCGGGCAGGGCGCCACCGGCAGGCUUGGGAGGCAGGGCUCAGGAGCGGCGGGCACGGUGGUUACGGUAGGUGCGGCUGCAGCGCGCACAAGCUUGGGUGCGUGCGGCCUAGCUGAUGGCUCCGAUGAUGACAACAUGGUGGAGGAGGCAAUCAGCAGGCAGCAAGACCACAAGCAGCCAGCCGGCGGCGGUACUGACCGCGCAGGUGACGCAGCAGCCGUUGCCGAGGCUGCAGCCGCGGGCGCGGGCGUCGCGGAGGUUGGGCGCGGUGACGUGCAGCGGUGUGCCAUGGAUGUGGACAUCGUGCCAGCGUCCUGCGUGCCGGACUCGUAUGUCGGACUUCUCACACAAGGUGCGACGCUUGCCGGAACGUGCGAAGAUGCCAUUGCCGCAGCGGGUGCCACAGCCAACGAAGGCGCCGCGGCAGUACGGCGGUCGGUGGCACUUGGUUUUGCUGGCGGCAGCGAGGAGGAGGUCGUCCCAGCGACGCCGCUGUCGGUGCAGGGCAGCGAACUGCAGGCCUCAGGGCUGGCGGGGGCGUAUCCGCCUGGCGAGGGCCCGCGGAGCGUGCGGUCGUCGGCAGGCUACGAGCUGCAUGCUGGCAGCCAUGCAGCGGAUGGACGAGCAGGCGCGGGCGGCGCCGGGUGUCCUGCCGGCCCGACCAUGAUCGCGGCGACGCCGCUGCCACCAGCGGCGCUACAGCAGCACCAGGCUGGGGUUGCGCCGACACCGCUGCCGGGUGCAGGAGCAGCAGUCGUGGCCAUCGGAGCCACGCCGGAGCAUGCACUGUGCGACGUGAGUGCCGGCGCUGGGCUGCUGCCUGCGGAGGGCAGCGGCGGGGUAACACCAGUACCAGGCGCAUCGCUGCUCACAGCCAGGCUCUCCACCGCGCCUGCGACCGCCGCAGCAGCUGCGGCGCCUUCCUGCCAUACAGCAAGACCACUCUCGGCGGACCGCACAGCGCGUGUGAUUCACCACGGCCGGCUAGCACCGCCGGGCGCAGGUUACCUCGCGCCUGGCAAUGCCGACGCGUCUGCCGCUACAACAGCCGGGGCCGCAGCGGAGCAGGGCCAUGACGAGCUGCUGCAUCCGGGCCUCGUGCUGGAAGUGCACGUGGGCAUCAGCGGGGUGGAGCUAAGCGGAAGCUGCGGCGUUGCUGGCAGCUGCAGCGGGGCGGGCCGCCUGCCGGGCCCGUGCAACUUCAUAUCGUGCCUGGUGAUGGAGCCGCCGCCGGGCGCUGGUCCAGAUUCGGUUACGCCUGCUGGGGUUGACGGGAAGGGGCUGGGUGUAGCAGCCGAUGCGAGUGGGGACAAGAACAACGCGUAUGCCGCGGCGGCAUCGGGCCCGCCAGCCGAGCCAGCUGGACGCGCGGAGUCGUCCGCCGCGGCCAGGCCUCGAGCGCCGGAGGACAGCUCCACGCCUCGGCCGACAGCCCAUCCGCGCCGCCGCCUGCAGAGCCUGCCGUCUGCUGCAGGGACGGCGUCUGUGGCUGGUGCCGCCAGUGCGCCGCGGCCGGCACGGCGGCUGCUCAUGCUGUACACAUGGGCGAUGCCGCAGGACCAGCCGCCCCAGCUUCACAGCGUCUUGCCGCUAUCGGCACCGGGCACAGCGCGGCAGGCUCUCGCCACGCCCGGCAUUCCGGCGACGCCAUCGCCUCUACCUGUUGGCAUGGCCGGGGCUGGCUGUGGCAGCGGCGGCAGCGGUAGCAGCGGCAGCGGUUGUGGGUCGGAAUUGCAGAUGCCUGGUGUCGGCCACGCCCUUAAGCUUCUGGUUGGAGGCGACGGAAGCCCCGCCCUGCUGCUGGCGAGCCAGCUCAGCUGCGCGACGGCGACAAGUGCCGGCCGCCGCAGCCCCAGCGCUGAACCCGCAGGCAACAACGGUGGCAGCGGCGGGGGUAUGGCCGCAAGUCUGCGCUCACCGCUGCCUACGGCUGGUGGUUGCAGCAGUGCAAGCGGCAGCGGAAGCGGGAGGCCACACGGCGGCGUUCAGCUGCUGCGGUACUCGGAGGGCUCAUGGCGUCUUUCUUACGCACUGCAGCCGCCACAGCUGGACAUGCAUGCAGACGGGCGGGGCAAUGGAGGCGGCAGCAGCUUCGCCGUUGGUGUCCCGGCGGCGGCCGGCAUGCUCUGUGUCAGCGCUGCGGCUUGUGCUGCCCGGGAGCAGCACGGAGGCAGCGGCGGCGAGUUCUGGCAGGUGGUGGCAGCGGGCGAGGGCGGCCACGGCUGCGUGUGGCGGCUGCCCGCAGGGCUCGCAGGUGCACCGCUGCAACAGGCGAAGCUGCCUCAGGCCCGUUACAAGCACAGCCUACCGCUGAACGACGUGGUGGAGCUGAGCCCGCUGCCAGGCCGCCCCCACCUGGUCCUGGGCGCCUCCUCCGACGGCUGCGUGGUGCUGUGGGAUGUGGGCCGUCCGCACGCCGUCUGCGGCGCGGGAGCCGGCGGGGCGGGAGGCAGCUCCGGCGUGGUGCUGGGCGCAGUGGCGCCGCCGGCGGUGCUGCUGACCGUGGCGCGGCCGGUGGACUGCGUGCUGCGCGGGCUGCAGCCGUUGUCGGUCCCCGGCGGCGACCUGGGCGGUGCGGAGGUUGCCAGCGCCGGAGCAGCAGCAGACGAGAGCGAAGGGCAGGCGGCAAUGGAGGAGCAGGCGGUCAGCUUCGCGGCACGGACUGCGGGGCGGCCGGUGGUGUUCCUGGCGGCUACGGCUCCGGGCUGGGCAUGUGGGUCAGGGUUGCGGCAGCCCGAUGCACAUGGCGCUGCCGGCGCCCGCGUGAUGCCGGUGCUUCUGCGAGAUGGAGCGGUGGACGUGGGCCAGACGCUACAGCUUUCAGGUGCCACAUGCGUGGCGGCUGGCUCGGGGCUGGGGGCGGUGGGGACGAGCGGCGGGCACGUGAUGGUUUGGAACCCGCUGGCUGGAGGGGUGGUGGCGGGGUGGCAGGUGCCCUGUGCCGUGACGGCAGUGGCGUUCAUGCAGGAGUGCGAGCGGUCAGGUGGCGCUGCAGGAGCUUGUGCAUAUGUAAAGGGGGGAGCUGCAGGGAUGAAAACCUCUGUCUACGGCCCCAGCGUUGCUCGAGCCACCGGCACCGGUCGAGCACCACUCGUCGCGCGCCGGUCCUCGCCAACUUACAGGCCUUCAGCUGCCGCUGUUGCGUCGGCUCCGGUUUCAGAUGGGCCUUCAACUUCGGACAGGCAACAGGCCAAACAGGCCCUGCUUGACCUUGUAAAGAACACAAAUCGAGGGCUUGGCGUUCGGACGUUCACACGCGGGCUCAUCGAGGAGGCUCAGAUUCGUGUGGAGUCCUUUCAAGGCAGCGCGUUGGACUUCAGCAUCUUGGGCGGGAAAUGGAAGCUCAUUUACACCACCGCCACGGACGUGCUGCCCAUCCUUGAGGCGGAGUACCAGCUCAGCCCGGGGCCCUUCUCGGCGCUCGGCUUCCCUCGGCCACUCGAGGUUGGCAACAUCUACCAGCGGUUCACUAGCCCUGUGGACGAUGAGGGGACCGUGGAGAACAUCAUCAACUUCAAAACCCCUGCUUCGUCGUUGGUGUUCACCGUGGGCGCCAGGUACGACGUGCGCUCCGGGAAGCGCAUCGCGCUGGUGUUUGAGGACGCCCGGCUGGGCGAUAUCCAGCUCAGCGACGGCGCCGAGGCAUUGCUGGCGCCGGCACUGCUGCCUCGCGGCUCGCUGCAGCACCAGCUACUCCUGGCCAUCAAGGAGUUCACGCUGAAGUUCCAGUUCCGCACCGCAGCGCAGCUGGCGUCGCAGGCGGUGACGCGCGCGGGCUCAGCGGCGGCAGGCUACCUGCUGACGUACCUGGACAACGACAUGCUGAUCGGGCGCGCGAUUGGGCUUGGGGGCGUUUUCGUGUUUGUGCGGGAAGAAUAAGAGUGUCUGCGAGGGUUCUGUAAAUUGCUCCAAAGUGUGCGGAAGUCGAGCAGGCUCGUGCCAGCCAUGGGCUUGACUGGAGACUGCCCCAGUGUCGUGGUGAGAGGAGGCAUGACGUGUGGGGAGUAGGAAGACCGAAGAUUUAUGUUACAUGCGAGGAGGAUACUGCGAUUACAGAUGGUGGAUGAGGCGUGGUGGGGUAUGAGGUGCGAUGAGUAUGGGCGCGUGAGGGGGACGGUGCUGAACUUGAGGUGUUGCAGGCUCCAGCACUCUGCUGCCGUGGCUUCGGGUCCCCUUCAUGUCGGGCGUCCACAGCAAGCGCUUGCAGUCCUAAGGUAUCACUAAUAAUUUCAAGCACAACUACAUACCUGUAAUACCAAGGGCGC